CAUUUUGGGGGAGGCGGUGAUCCGUCGUGCUUGUUUGUGCGAUUAUUAGCUGCCCGAAAACACAAAGAAAAGCAAACGAAAAGCGUUGGACGACACAUCGUUAACUAUGGGCUCACCGGGAGACAAAAAAGGCUCCAUGUCGACUGAAAGAACAGAGGAUUUCAGCUGGAUUGUCGAUUUAUCUUGACAUGGCAUGCUGCAGGGCGAGCCGAAGGUUGUGACGACUGUAGAAAAGAAGAGAAAGACAACUCGAAACUUCGUGAAAGGGGAGAGACCAUUCUUAGCCGACGCUCGUUUCGCCGUUCGUUGUCCGUAGACUACCGAACGCCCAGGCCAGUUUCCUCGAUGAAGUUGUAGAAGCGACCCGAGUGAAUUAUAUCGAGCUAAAAAUGCUUAGCACAAAUAGAAACAGCCAGUGAAACCAGCUAGUCUCUCGACUCCAAACAACACUAGCCGAAAACCGAGCGAGAAAAUGUAAACGGGUGGAAAGAUGGCUGACCGGACAUAGGCCUCAAUUAAGCCAAUUUGUCAGAAGAUAAAAUGUAGCUUUAUUCUCGGUUCACUACCAGUUAGUGUCGGAAGUGAAUGCCUUGUAGCUUGCUAGCUCUCGUCGGCUAGUGUGCUAAAAAUACAUCCACAUCAUGACUAUAAGCUGUGGCAGCUCGGCAGGCCUCGCGCCAAAUGAGUGACAGUUAAAAAGAAAAAAAAUAGCGGAAAUGUCAAGUUACUUUCACAGUAAUCUUCGAUAUUCCCCAGUGCCAAUAUCUUCUGGCAUCUGUAUUUACCUGCCAUGUUUGUCUGUAAUCUUGGUCCGUCUGUAACACGCGUGUUGAGUCAGCCUCUACAGUAAAACAAACAACCACCACGAUGAUUGAGGGACUUAGAGAUUAAUUGAAUAUCCGUCUGCUUGCCGUAGACUAUAUUCACCCUUGCAAAAAACAAAAGACAUGGGUAUUUUUGUACUAGCAGCUGCAUUUGUUGGUUUCAGGAACAUCUGCAAAAAAGUCAAGUUUGUCUUGACGUUUCCUUGAAAUCCAUUGUGAUACCCUGUUGGUGGCAGCUUUGAACAGCUCAUUUGGCUUGAAAGUCAUGUCUUAAAAGGUGGAUUUCUGAUUAGAUACUACAAUGUCGUCUUAGUCUGUUGACCAUUCCCUUCCUCACCAGUGUCGUCCUCCAUAACAUUGAGAUGACUUAGUUUCUUUUCAGUUUUUGUCAAUCUAUUUAGUUCAUGGUUAGUAUGUAGAGGAGUCGACGUAGAGUUUUGAUGCAUUGUUUUCUGCAAACCGUAGCUGGAUACAUCCUGUCAGAUGCAUAGAACACAGGGCUAGUGUCACUAAAAUAGAAGAAAAAAAAACAAAAAAAAGAGACUGCUGUCAACAUCCAACCAUGGGGGACCCAACUUCACGAAGAAACCAAACAAGAAAUCGACUUCGAGCUCAACUUCGGAAGAAAAGGGAAUCUUUGGCAGAUCAGUUUGACUUCAAGAUUUAUAUAGCCUUUGUUUUCAAGGAAAAGAAAAAGAAGUCGGCACUUUUUGAAGUAGCUGAAGUGGUUCCUGUGAUGACCAACAACUAUGAAGAAAACAUCCUACGAGGCGUACGCAACUCCAGCUACUCUCUUGAAAGUUCUAUAGAACUCUUGCAAAAAGACGUCGUGCAACUACAUGCCCCAAGAUACCAGUCAAUGCGAAGGGAUGUGAUAGGCUGCACACAAGAGAUGGAUUUUAUCCUUUGGCCUCGCAACGACAUCGAGAAGAUUGUCUGUCUGCUGUUCUCCAGAUGGAAAGGAGCUGAUGAUGAACCUUUUAGGCCUGUUCAGGCCAAGUUUGAAUUUCAUCAUGGAGACUACGAGAAGCAGUGCUUGCAUGCUUUGGGUCGUAAAGACAAGGCUGGAACGGUCAUGAACAACCCAAAUCAGUCCAUAUUUCUCUUCAUGGAUAGACAACACUUGCAGACUCCUAAGACCAAGGCCACAGUCUUCAAGUUGUGCAGCCUCUGCCUGUACUUGCCCCAGGACCAGCUGACAUGCUGGGGUGUGGGAGACAUCGAGGAUCACCUCCGUCCAUACAUGCCUGAUUAAGGCUUCUUGCUCGACCCAGCCACAGAGACAAGCCAUUUCCCUCCCCCCUGCUGACGCCCUCUGAAGCAAAUUGAUGUACUUUUCUUCCCCUUUCCCUUUAAAAAGAUUUGAACUGUGCUUGAAUCGCUUUUUUUUUUUGUUCCUUAUUGGUUCUCCCUCCCUGAAACCAAUCCAGUUCCCAUCUUUUUUUUUUUUUUUUUCUCACACCUUCACAUUUUCCCAUAUUUUUUUACUUCCCCUCCCCCAACCAUUUUUUUGAUUUUUGGGUUUUUCUUUUAAUAUUUUCCUCCCCAUUUCUUGUUCCCACUCACCCCCUUUCGUUUCCCCUCAUUUGAACCUGCACAAACAUUUUUUUGGAGUGGGUUGGUUGUUCUCUUUGGAGCCACAUUGUCAGCAGCACUCAUCACUGAAGGAACUCUUUACGUUUCAUCCACACACGAACACUAUAAAGGUCUUCAAGGUGGUUCUCAGAUGGACAUGUUUUAUUUCCCUGUUGUCAUAAGGAAGGAUUGUUAAAGCUUGUUUGUUUUGUCACUGGGGUUUUCUGAAACAACUUUAUACAGUCUUUUGACCAAGGGCAGGCGUGAUCAGGUGUGAAAACACCUGUGUAAGCAAAAAUAACAAAGAUGAACAAUAUUUGUUAAACCUUUAUAGUGUAGGUAUUGCUUCUUAUGAAACGCCUUAGGUUUUUUUGGGGUUUAUUUUCCGCUGGAGUUAAUAAAACUGUUUUGUGUCACUUGCUUUGCUCUAAAACAUUCAAGGCAGGCCUUUGCUUAAAAUCUUGAGUGUCCUAAAAGGCAUUGUGCGCAAUCCUAAGAGAUGUUUGUUAGACAUUUGGAGGUUGUUUUUCUUCUCCCAAGCUGUUCAUGCAUUAUUCAUCUGAGCUACUGAAUCUAAAGUUGUAUGCAUCAAAUCAUUUUUUUUCCAUGAAAGAUGUGGGUUUUACAAAAGAAUAGAAAUGGUGGCAGAUUUUAUGUUUAACUAGCAUAACAAAAAUUCCUUAAAACAAACUAACUUGAUUUCUAAGUUGACUAAAAUUCAGACAAUCUUGUGUCUAGCUCAUCACUUUGUAAUUUGGGUUUUUGCGGGUUAAAUUCUAAGAAAUACAUGGUACAUGUCAUUUUGCGCCUCGUAUCUGUGUGCUCAGUAGAAAAGAUGUAAGGCAUUUAACUUUUGAGGUUUUCUGUUGGUUCUUAAAUCAGUAUUGCUGAGCAUAUUCCAAUACAGUGCAAAAACAUGAA